AAGGGGGAUGGAAAAGAAGGGUGGCAGGGAGAAGGGACGGAGAUAAUAGGUUGAGAAUUCUUCCAUUGCGAUAUUGAAAAGAAGGGUUGUGUGGAGAUCUCUUUAGCUGCUAUUGUUGUGCGACUUUUUUCAUCCCGUCGGACUUUCUUUUGUGUUUGGGUGCUGAAAAGUCUGAAGGUUGGUUUUAUUGGUGCAGUUUCUUCGAUUGCAUGUUGUUUAUGUCUAAAUCAAUACAUUUUCUUACAUUUUCUUAAUUAACAGAUGAUUUCCGUUUUCUUAUUAAUACAUGUAUUAUAGGCAUAGAUUAACUAAGUAGCAAAUUAUAGUAACACUUUAGGGAGGGUAAUGAUGUGUUAUCAUUGACAACUGUAACGGAAUUAUAGAUAUAUCACCAUGUCAAUUAUCUUUAGUUAGGCAAUUAAGAAAACAAGAACAAGUUCUGCUAAAUGUAUCAGCAGGACCAGGUUACUUACGGGCAAAAUCACUUCCUGAUCCCGAGAUGACAUCAUUGAUCAUAACGUUCUACCCAGCAAUGAAAUUAUUUGCGCAUCACCUUUCCCAACUCCCUUUCCCAUCCGCGUUCUACAGGUCGCCCCCGUCCGCGCCCCCCUCCUACCCUCCCCAUUCUCCCGCUUGACAACAGCGGGGAGAAUCGGACCCUGUGCCAUGAAACGUGCCCACGGCGGGGCUGUGGGAAAGUUCGGGGGAGAGCGCACCCACACAUUGUCAUGGUAAUGUUGGUGGGUGGAGAUGUUGGGGGCGCGAGGCUGUGGUGCGUAAAAUACAUAUAUAUAUCAGGGUAGCGCGCCGUUACCCCUUCUCCAGUGUUCCUUUCUCCCUCUCUAUUGAUCUAUUCGUUCAUAAAAUACUAAACAGUGCAAACGGAGUUUUGUGAGGAGGUAUAGCUGCAGAAGAGAGGGGCCAUAAGGACACAGAUUGUGCGCCUUGCAGCUCGAGGAUUACGGCCUUCAACAUGGGACACGGGGGAAAUGGGCCUGAGAGGAAUUUUAGCGCUAAAGAAGAACGAAAGCUGCGGAAGCCUCUAAUUGAGAAGAAGAGACGGGAGCGCAUCAACUGCAGUCUGGAACAACUGAAAGGGAUCAUGGUGGAUGCAUACAACCUGGAUCAAUCUAAACUGGAGAAGGCUGAUGUACUGGAGGUUACUGUGCAACAUAUGGAGGGUCUGCAGAAGGGUCACGGUUCAGGUUCCCCUUCUGGUCCCAGUAUAGGGUUUGAGUCCCGGCAUCGCUACAGCAGUGGAUACAUCCAGUGUAUGCAUGAGGUCCACAACCUGCUCCUGAGCUGCCCAGGCAUGGACAAGCCACUGGGGGCCCGGCUCCUCAACCACCUGCUCAAGUCUCUGCCCCACAUCAGCUCUGAGACUGGGGCUGGGAACACUGGUGGCAAUGGGACCAAUGGUAUCAAUCGGACUCCGACUAGGGCUAUUGGUAUUAGUAAUAGUAACAGUGGUAGUAUUGGUGGUGGUAGUAGUAAUGGUGGUAGUCCCAUGUCUGGAUCUGGGCCUGCCUCACCUCCCCAGUCUCCACUUUCUCUGCCAUCUGGAGGUGGAGCUCAGUCAUUCCAGCCUCGCUGUUUACAGAUGCAUCAUGCCAAGCCCCCCACGCAGCCAUCACCCCCACCCAUAGGAUGUUCACCGCUCCACGCCCUUCGCAGCCAGGUACAUUCUGGUAGAGAUGGGAGGGAUCAGCAGAAGCCCUUCUCCUCCUCCUCCCCUCCUAGCUCCCCCAAUUCCUCCCCCAAUCUACCCCAGCCUGGGGUGUUUCACCCCACCCCCCUGUCCCCUUUCUUCCCCCCUGGGGGAGACCCCUCCAUGUGGAGGCCUUGGUGAAGACCUCAGGGAACAGACAAACACACACCUUCCAUGAUUUUUUCCUGAACCCGUGACCUGACUAGGAAAAUGCCCAGGCAGCAGGCCGACUAGGGCCUGGAGUUUUUCCCAAUCAGGUCAUAAUGCUGUGGCAAGGAAAAACUCAGGGCCCUUUUAUGUUUUAUGUAGCCCAUCUCAUGGGAUCGCUCAAUUCUGUUUUUACUGGAUCUAGUGGAGGAUUCAGAAAAUGCAGAUCCUGGUGUAUCUGCAGUUUCACUUAUGUAAAGUUAAAACCAAUGUGUUGUGGUGCGACUGGGCCAGCGCCCUAGGAACAUGGCUCUGGUGCUCUGCUAUAUUACACAAUGCCAACAGUUCUAUAGCCACAUGGCAAAAUGAAAGGAUCUAAUUUUCACUUUUAAAUGUUUGGUCAUUUAUACCUUUUAGACAUAAACAUAUUUUAUGAGAUUGGGGAGGAGUAAGCAUUAUAGCUAUUUCAAGUUUGUACAGUUUUUUUCUUUUUUUUCUUCCUAUGUUGUAAACUUCUCUUUUCAAAUAGUUAAUAUUUUGUGUUUUAGAAGUGUAUCAAAAUGUUUUAGUUGAAUUUCUUGUCACUCAUCUUUAAUUGAUUGAUUAAUUAAUUGAUACAACUGAUUAAUUGAUUCAGGUCUAGCUAUGUUCGGUAAUUAAAAACUCAAUGACUUCGGAAAUGUCUUCAUCCUUGUAUAUUACAAGAAGUUGCUAGGCUGUUUCAUAUUGAAGCAGCUAAAUAAAGUGUUGUUGGCUGACAGUUGAAGUGUUGUAUGGUAUCGAAAUUGAAUACAAAAUGUAAAACAACUGUAGCCUAAAUGUGAAUCUUUUUAUACCAGUCUCAUA